AUGACAUUUUCCCCAUUUGGUAAGUUUAACUGGUCGUCAACCAUCACUAUCCUCAAACCUAUGGCUCAGAAUGGGGGACAGUUAGUGUGGGCGGGCACCGAGAAAAGAGUUUUGCCAGAUCCAGCAGGGGUCACCUUGCCCCACCCUCAUUCUGCUCUCAAUCUGCUCGAUGCCUCUGCACUGUCACAACUGGGAGAUGACAUUCUCAGAGAAGAGAUUAAGAGGCGGCAGCUAGCUAAAGAGGCUGCCUUAAAAACAGCUGCAGUCAACACUCUCCACGGCACUCCCACGGUUGGUAAGAUGGCAGCUGCAGGCCGUCGGGGCGGGUCUAAGAGGAAACGUGCUGCCGCCGGCUCUGGUGCGCGUGGUCGAUCCUCUGGUGCGAAUGGCAACAUUCCUGAAGGCUCGCAAUCCGCUGACAACCCUACCGCCGGCACUUCGUCAGAAGCAGAAGGCGCAAAUUCUGCGCCGGUGGUUGAUUCAAUGGACACCACGCAAAACGGCGCACCAACCACAGGCGGCAUAGUCUGCACAGUGAUUGAGGCCGCAGAGGAGGGCGGCGUGGAUCCCUUCAUCGCGUACGGCAUCAAAGCUGGUAGCGACGACGAAGACGGGAACGACGACGAUGCAGACGAUGCUGACGGCGUCCAAGCGGGAAACGACGAUGAGUUGCGCGCUGCGGAAGUGUGCGCGGCGGAGGUUCGGGCGGCGGAGGUUCGGGCGGUGGAGCUUCGGGCGGCGGAGCUUUGGGCGGCGGAGCUUCGGGCGGCGGAGAUUCGGGCGGCGGAGAUUCGAGCGGCAGAGAUUCGGGCUGCGGAGGUUCGCGCGGUGGAGGACCGCGCUGCGGCGGUUCGAGCGGCAGAUGUGCGCUUUGCGGAGGCUCGCUAG